GGAGAUUUUUUUCAUUUUGUUAUUUUAAGUUGAUUGUCAACAGAUAUGAAAGGCACAUCUUUUAAUUGGAUUGAUCCUUUGGUUACUAGGCAGAGAGAGAUGAAUCUACUCCAGGUUGGCACCCAGAGAAACAACACUGCAUCUUCCUGGCUUGUGAAAUUCAGUGUUCUUUGGCUUCUUAGUCAGAGCUGUUGCAAAGCCAGCACGGUUUGGACCGCUUACAUGAACAUAUCAUAUCAUGUUGGGAAUCGCAUGCUGUCAGAGUUAGGGGAAACUGGAGUAUUUGGACGAAGCUCCACUCUGAAGAGAGUGGCAGGAGUUAUUGUGCCACCAGAUGGAAAACCACAAAAUGCCUGUAAUCCCAAUACCAGUUUCAGCAGAUCAAAGAAUUCAGAGACGUGGCUUGCACUUAUCGAACGGGGAGGUUGUCCCUUCACACAGAAAAUUAAGGUGGCUGUUGAGAAGGGAGCCAGUGGAGUGAUGAUCUAUAACUUUCCAGGAACUGGCAAUCAGGUUUUUCCUAUGUCUCAUCAGACAUUCGAAGACAUCGUUGUAGUGAUGAUUGGUAACUUAAAAGGCAUGGAGAUUUUGCAUUUAAUUCGGAAGGGAAUUCACGUUACAGUCAUAGUUGACGUGGGGAGAAAACACAUCAUCUGGAUGAAUCAUUAUUUCGUCUCUUUUGUGAUUGUCACAACCGCUACUUUAGCAUACUUCAUCUUUUAUCAUAUUCGAAGAUUUUGGGUAGCAAGGAUUCAGAGCAGGAGAUGGCUGCGGUUAGAGACAGAUCUCAAGAUAGCAUUUGGCCAGCUCCAACUUCGGGUACUGAAAGAAGGGGAUGAGGAAGUAAGUCCAAAUGGAGAUAGUUGUGUAGUUUGCUUUGAACUCUACAAGCCUAAUGACACAGUUCGUAUUCUGACUUGUAAACAUUUUUUCCACAAGAAUUGCAUUGACCCUUGGAUUCUAGCCCAUGGAACAUGCCCCAUGUGCAAAUGUGACAUUCUUAAUGCUUUGGGGAUUCAAGUGGAUGUUGAAGAUGGAACACAAUCAUUGCAAGUUCUGAUGUCAAAUGAAUGGCCUGGUAUUUUACCACCUAGUGAAGAGGAGACAAAUAAUGCACUUCCUCCUGCAAGGCAGUCAGAUAAAGUGACCCACGUGGAAGAGGCGGAGGAGCACACUGCUUCUCAGAAUGACGGCCAGUCUAACUCAGUAGAUGCUCAUCCUUCACCUUGA